CAACAAUCAAAGAUUUUGUUUCAGACACUUGAGACAAAAAGACAUAUUAAUAGACAAUUUUAUAUUUUUAAGCUCUCAGAUUCUUCUUGACAUUCAAGCUUUCAAUGUUUGUUCUACUCUCCCUUCUCGCCAUUGUUCAAUGGGUUGCCGCCAGUUCUUGCCCCCAGCUUGACCUCGAUUUCUCGAAAAUCGCUGAUGGAACUUCCCCUUUUGAUAUCGGCUUCACUGAUGUAUGGUGCGGCCAAAAUGCCAUCAUCCAAGGUGGCAAAAUGGAUCUUUCUUUGAACAAAAAGUGUGGACCAGAUAUUUCCACCAAUUUGAAUGUUCAAUCUGGCUUAUUUGAGGUUGAUUUGGAAACAUCCUGGGGAUCAGGUGUUGUUACUGCUAUCACUCUUUUUAGCGCAGGCACUGGUGAAGAUAAAAGGGAUGAGGUUGAUAUGGAAUUUAUUGGAACUGAUGUGACCACAGUCCAAACUACUUACUUUGUUGAAGGAGUCCAUGUCCCGGGUGCUACUCAAUCUGUAGACUUCCAGGUUGCCUCCAAUACGUCAACUAGCCGACACAUUUAUGGUAUGGAGUAUACACCUGAUAGUAUUUCUUGGUAUAUCGAUGGUCGCAAGGUGAACACCGUCCUAAAGAAGGAUGGAGUGCCUUUUCCAACAAAGCCAGUCGACUUGAACUUAUCUCUCUGGGAUGCUACCGAAUUUUCUGAAUGGGCCGGCAAGGUAAUUCAAAUUCUUCAAAUACACCCUGACAUAUAUGAAACCUCGUCGUAACGAAUUUUUUUUUUCUUGUUUUUCUUUUUCCAGAUUAAUUGGAAUGUUGCUCCCAAUCAAACGUAUCAUGCCUACGUUUACUCUGUGAAAGUAACACAGAAUAGUUGUUCCGGAAGCGUUGAAAAA